AUGGCAACUUACCAAUUCCACGAUGUCGUCAAGACAGUCACCAGAAUUGAUCGGCGAAAUGGCAAGCGCCAAGUGCCCAUGAAAGUCCUGGCGCUUGGACUCUGUCGCACAGGGACUGACUCAUUGAGGCAGGCUCUGAGGGCACUGGGCUAUAAUGACACAUAUCAUGGCUAUAUGGCUGCGCUAGAGAACCCUCGAGAUUGCGAGCUGUGGUAUGAAGCACUUCGGGCCAAAUACGAUGGCGUUGGGAAACCAUUUGGCCGGGAGGACUUUGACCAGCUGUUGGGUAAUUGUCAAGCUGUCUGUGACUUUCCGGCUGCGGCCUUCUCGAAAGAACUCAUAGAAGCAUACCCUGAAGCCAAGGUCAUACUUACAGAGAGGGAUGUCGAUGAAUGGCAUAGCUCUGUGAAAAGAACCUUCCAGCCACUUCUCUUCCACCCCCUGUUCCCACUGAUGCAACUCCUGGAGAACUUGUUUGUCAUGCAUACCCGUUGGCUGCGACCUACGUGGACAAAAAUCUGGACGCACUACUUCAACGAUAACUUCGAAGCGAACGGACGCAAAGCGUUCGAAGCCCACUACGCCUCUGUGAAAGAGAUGGUUCCUCCCGAGAACUUGCUCGUGUAUAAAGUCAGUGAAGGCUGGGAACCGCUAUGCAAGUUCCUUGGGCAACCUGUUCCACCGCAGCCGUAUCCGACAGGGAAUCGCGUCUCGGUGUUCCAGCAGCGCUUUCGGGAUGCGAUAUUCUACAACGGAAAGGAGAUGAUCGAAAAAUUAGGAAAGAUGAUGGCGUUUUAUUUGUGUUUUAAUUGGGUGUUUAAGAAGUUUACGAAGCGGUCGUUGGUUGAUAUGGCUGGCUCAGUGGGGUUACGGUUGAUGGUCAGGCUCCUACUGUUUCGACGCAAGUCGGUUCAAUAA